GGGUUGAACGGAAACUGAUUGAGUGCAAACGUUUAUUAAAAAUGCAAAUUAUGUUUGGAGCAAUUUUAUGUGUUUUAUUGCAAGGUUUAAUAUUGACAAAGGCAACUAUCACGCCGAAGGAUGAUAACAGUUUAAACAUCCUUCAGGAAGAAAGUAUUUCCAUCUAUCCGGAUUUAAAUUUCACGCAGGAUAUUUCAAUGUCCGAGAAAAAUUAUCAUCGUAUACUAAAUUUCAAAUCUGACCGGAGUCAUUCUGAUAGUACUGUGAGAAAUGAGCGAGAAGUCGAUGAAGUUACACUUACAAAUAUUUCUAUCAUCCGAGAAUUUAUCGAAAACAAUUUGGACAAGCCAACAUCUCUCAGAGCAUUUGUACAAUUCGACAGUCAAUUCACAGAAAAAGUAAACGACAUUUUUGUGACAUUGAGAUGGAACCAACCUAACUUUACCGAUGAAAUAAUACAAGGGUACACGGUGCAGUGUUUUUUCAUCGAGGAUUUAAAAAAGAUUCAAAUCUGCGAGGAUAAAAAUAUCACAACUACAGAAUUGGAGCACACGGUUCACAAUCUAACAUUUAACACGACAUAUUAUUUUCGAGUACGUGCGCAUACUAAAAUUGUUGCUAGACCUUACACAGAUUUAAUCAAUGUGUCGACUACACAUGAAAAUCCAAUACCAAAAUUAUUACUAACAACGAAUCUAGGUAUCCAAAUAUGGGACGUCGAUUUAAACAUUACUAAUUUCAUAGUGUCGUUUAUUUAUGAAAUUAGGUUUACUCACUCUGAAAGAUCAAUAAUAAUUAAGAUGAUAAGCCAAAGAAGAGGACUCGAAGAAGUAACAUCGCAGAUUAAUGAAAAUAAAAUCCCAAAAAUAGCUAGCUUUGAUAAUUAUCUAUAUGAUAAAUUAGUAAUAAAUGCUGCUUAUUCGAUACAAGAACAUAGAAUUUAUUGGAUCUUCGAAAGAGAUCUAAUAACACUGAUUAAUGAAAAUAAUAUCACAAAAAUAGCUACAUUUGAUUAUGAUCUACAUGCUCUCUGCAUUGACUGGGUAGCAAGAAAUCUAUAUUGGACCUAUUCAGAGUCAGACUACUAUUACAUUAUAAAGUUGGACUUAACAUUGUGGGAAAAUGGCAUGAUUAAACUUGAUAAGAUUUUCAAAUCAAAAAUUGAUAAUGGCUAUUUAAGAAUAUCACCGUUUAUGGGAAUUUUAUAUCACAUAUCAUACAAUCGGAAGAAUCGAGAAUAUGAUAUGAUGAAAUAUCAUCUCGAUGGAAAAAACGAACAAAUUGUUCAGAUAAAUGCAUCCUUUUGCCUAUUUCAUUAUAUAGAUUUUUUUCGUGAUAUGAUAAUUGAUAACAUGAAUAAUGAGGAGCCGUUAAUUUACUGGUUAAGUGAGAAUUACACAACUGUAACAGACAUUAACGUUUCUACGUGCAAUACGAUUUUAUACAAGAAAAACGUAGGUGAUAACAUCAAUUUCAAAUCUAUGACAAUUGAUAAAACAAACAUUUACAUUUUAGCAAUUGAUUCGCUCCAAUAUAUUCUCGUUUUGAAAAAGAAAUAUGCAAGUCUCAAGAGUGUAAAUGCAAACAAAUAUGUUGAAAAGAUAUUAAUAAGCUCACAUAAAAAUAAUUUUUAUAGUAUUUACGCUUUUAAUAAAUAUUUACAACCAUAUCCUCCAAUGAGAUGUCUAACACCUGACGAAAAAGUUUAUAAUUUUGAGAAUAUGACUGCAACGGCAAACAGCAUCAUUGUAAAUUUACCAGAGCCGGUUGUAAAGAGUGGAUGCAAAAAAUAUAAUUUACCAAUUACUAUAUAUACUAUCUUUGUAAGCCAUUGUUUAGACAACAACUUCAACAAGUCUGAAGAAUUCAAUGUGCUGACAGCCGAGCGAUAUUACGAGAUUCAGAACUUAACACCAUUAACAGAGUACAAGUUGAAGUUUAUUUUAAGCAAUUUUUACUUUGAUCAAUUAUCAAUAAAUCCAUUCGAUUCGAACGUGAUACGAAUAAAAACUAAUUUGGGCAAGCUUAAUGUACCAGAAAACAUAAGUGUUUUAGCUUUGACGCCUACUAUAGCAGUAGUUCAUUGGAUGCCACCCAAGAAAUUGAACUGCGUGGUUGUGAGCUACGAAGUGCAUUGGAAGUUAGUGAACGACAUGCAACAAGAGAAUAAACAAUUUAUCAAUGUGCCGAAACGUAUGGCAGACGGCAGAUUUUUCACAAAGAUUAACUUGUCGCUACCAGUACAAGAUUACUUGAUAUACGUACGUGUAUAUCCAAGUAAUUUCAGCGAUUUCUACAACGAGAGUUUAAGUAAGAUCGAUCACAUAUACUCAGAACCAAACAAUAUUACUUUGAGCAAGGUCAACACAAAUAGCAUGGACAUUUCAUGGAUCUCAAACGUCAAUUUUACGGACUUUAUUACCCUAGAGUUCAAAGAGGUUGCAACAGAAAAGUGGGAAACAACGAAUUAUAUUAAAAUUAAUUAUAACAAAGAAGCAACUUACCAUAUCGGCAAUUUACAAUCGGGAACUUUAUACCAGUUACGCUUGAUAUUGAGAUAUCUCGAAUAUGAGGAAAUUUUUACAUGGCCGGCUGAUGAAAGAUUUAUUUUUUCAACACUUAACAAAAGCAGUUUGAGCGAGCCAACAUCUCUCAGAGCAUUUGUACAAUUCGACAGUCAAUUCACAGAAAAAACAAACGACAUUUUUGUGACAUUAAGAUGGAGCCAACCUAAAAUUAGGGGUGCAAUAAUACAAGGGUACACGGUGCAGUGUAUUUUCAUCGAGGAUUUAAAAGAGAUUCAAAUCUGCGAUGAUAAAAAUAUCACAACUACAGAAUUGGAGCACACGAUUCACAAUCUAACAUUUAACACGACAUAUUAUUUUCGAGUACGUGCGCAUACUAAAAUUGUUGCUGGACCUUACACGGAUUUAAUCAAUGUGUCGACUACACAUGAAAAUACAAUAUCUAAAUUAUUAGUCACAACGAAUCGAAAUAUCCAAAUAUGGGACAUAGAUUUAAAAGUCGUUAAUAAUUUGAUCGCAUUGUCAUACGAAUUAAGAGAUGUCGCUUAUUCAAUACAAGAAAAUAGAAUUUAUUGGAUAACCCGAAGAGACCUAAUGAUAUUGAAGAUUAAUGAAAAACAUAUCACAAUUAUAAGUAGAUUUGAUCAUGAUCUACAUGAUCUCUGCAUUGACUGGGUAGCGAGAAAUCUAUAUUUGACCUAUCAAGAGUCAGACUACUCUUACAUUGAAAAAUUCGACUUAACAAUGUGGGAAAAUGGCAUAACUAAAUUUGAUAAUAUUUUGAAAAAAAAAUUUGCUAAUGACUAUUUAAAUGUAUUACCGUCUAUGGGAAUUUUAUAUCGCAUAUCAUACAGUUGGAUGAAUGAAAAAUAUGAUAUUAUGAAAUAUCAUCUCGAUGGAAAAAACGAGCAAAUUGUUGAGAAAAAUAAUUCCAUUCUACAUUAUCAUAUACAUUCUUUUAGAAAAAUGAUAAUUGAUAACAUGAAUAAUGAAGAGUCGUUAAUUUACUGGUUAAAUGAUCGGAGUACAAUUGUAACAGACAUUAAUAUUUCUAAGUUCAAUGAGAUUUUACACCGGAAAAACAUAAGUGAUGACAUCACAUUCCAAUCUAUGACGAUUGACAAAACAAACAUUUACAUUUUAGCACAUAAUUCUCAAUGUAAGUGUGUAUAUACUCUCUACAUUUUGAAAAAGAAAUAUGAAAGUCUCGAGAGCGACUCAAAUGCAUACAAAUAUGUUAAAAAGAUAUCAAUAAACUCAAAAAGAGAGAUGUUUUAUAAAAAAAUGUAUGCUUUUGAUAAAUUUUCACAACCAUAUCCUCCAAUGAGAUGUCUGACACCUGACGAAAAAGUUUAUAAUUUUGAGAAUGUGACUGCAACGGCAAACAGCAUCAUUGUAAAUUUACCGGAGUCGGUUGUAAAGAGUGGAUGCAAAAAAUAUAAUUUACCAACUACUAUAUAUACUAUCUUUGUAAGCCAUUGUUUAGACAACAACCUCAACAAGUCUGAAGAAUUCAAUGUGCUGCGAUAUGUGACGUGCGAGCGAUAUUACGAGAUUCAGAACUUAACACCAUUUACAGAGUACAAGUUGAAGUUUACUUUAAGCAAUUUUUACUUUGAUCAAUUAUCAAUAAAUCCAUUCGAUUCGAACGUGAUACGAAUAAAAACUAAUUUGGACAAGCUUAAUGUACCAGAAAACAUAAGUGUUUUAGCUUUGACGCCUACUAUAGCAGUAGUUCAUUGGAUGCCACCCAAGAAAUUGAACUGCGUGGUUGUGAGCUACGAAGUGCAUUGGAAAUUAGUGAACGACACGCAACAAGAGAAUAAACAAUUUAUCAAUGUGCCGAAACGUGUGGCAGACGGCAGAUUUUUCACAAAGAUUAACUUGUCACUACCAGUACAAGAUUACUUGAUAUACGUGCGUGUGUAUCCAAGUAAUUUCAGCGAUUUUUACAACGAGAGUAAAAAAAAGAUCGAUCACAUAUACUCAGAACCAAACAAUAUUACUAUGAGUGAGGCCAAUAUAAAUAGCAUGAACAUUUCAUGGAUCUCAAACAUCAAUCUGACGAUCUCUUCUGCACUAGAGUACAAAAACGUUUCAACAGAAAAGUGGCAAACAACGAAUGAUAUCAGAAUGAAUUAUAACAAAGAAGUAAUAUAUCAUAUCGAAAAUUUACAAUCGGGAACUUUAUACCAAUUUCGCUUGAUAUUGAGAUAUCCCGAAUAUGAGGAAACUUUUACAUGGCCGACUGAUGAAAGAUUUAUUUUUUCAACACGUGAUGAUAUUUCGAACACUCCUGGAGAGAUAAACUAUUAUUUACUAUUGAUGUUAAGUUUUAUCAUUAUAGUUAUUAUAAUCUGCAUCUGCUAUUUUUACUGUUUAUAUCAUCGACGCAGAAAUAAUAAUGAGCAAUUUUUGCCUUCAACAAUGGCCGACAUGGAAUUAGCGAUUCUACAUGAAGUACCUUGCCGAAACACUCAAUUGAAUAUACUUUACAGUCCUACAUUGUUACAUUAUAACCCAGAUGAAUAUGCGAUAACUAAAAUCGAACGUAAACAAAUCACAUUAAUAAAACUUCUUGGUAGUGGCGCAUUUGGAAAGGUAUUUCAAGGAAAUGUGAAGAAUUUAGAAAGGCCCGGCAUAGAAAUAUCCGUUGCAAUAAAAACGCUUCGGAAAGAUGCUUCUUCCAAUGAGAAAAAGAAAUUUUUAAAAGAAGCCAAGCUUAUGAGUCACUUUCGACAUGAACAUAUAUUAAGAUUGUUGGCCAUUUGUGAAGAUGGGGAUUCUCCAUUACUAGUGUUGGAAUUGAUGGAAACUGAUCUGUCAAAAUAUUUGAGAGAUUGUCGAAAUUUGCAAGCGUCAGAUUUGCAUGCCUUGCAUUUGCAGGAUUUACUAGCCAUGUGCGAAGAUGUUGCGCGAGGCUGUUGCUACUUGGAAGAAUUGCGUUUCGUACAUAGAGAUCUAGCGUGUCGCAAUUGUUUAGUAUCUUCGAGAAAUCGCGAGAAUCGUGUCAUUAAAAUUGGAGAUUUUGGACUAGCUAGAGAUAUCUACAAGGAUGAUUAUUAUCGCGGGAAAGGAAAAGAGUUGCUUCCUGUUCGCUGGAUGGCACCGGAAUCUUUGAUAUUCGGCACAUUUACUUCUCAAAGCGAUGUUUGGUCAUUUGGUGUUUUAAUGUGGGAAAUUACAUCGUUGGGUGAGCAACCUUAUAUUGGCAAGUCUAUUGAAGAAGUGAUAAAUUAUGUACGUGAUGGAGGCAGAUUGUCAAUGACUCUUAACUGUCCGUCAAUAUUGUACCAGUUGAUGCUACGUUGCUGGAGUACAGUGGAUGCUAGACCAAAUUUCAAAUUUUGUUUGAAAAAUAUUAUAGCAUUAAGAAAGAACAUAGAAGAUGCCUUACUGAGUCCAGUCGAUACUAUUUAACUGAUAUUAUAAUUAAAUUAAUGUUUAUUUUCCAAAUGAUCCAAUAAAUCUUACUGUAGGAAA